GGAUGGCGUUUGCUUUGGAAUACUGGUAGGUGCGUCAUUGAAUCAUAAUGUAGCUACAGGCAACUACGCCGGGCUUGUUGUGCGGCCACCGGAGCGGUGUGAACACGGACGCGGAAGCACGACAGUCUCAUGUGCUCUGUCACAGAACCAGAGCUCGGAAGUGUCGGGGCACCACCACUAUCUCAACGGAGUAUAUAAUGCCAUAUGAGGCGGUUCGGGUUCCAAAGACUUUCCUUUGAACCUCGAUCACGAUGCCUGGAACUGUCCUUCCGUCUAUACCUCAUUAUGUGCCCGCCCCGCAGACGAAUGAACCCUUGGAAUACGCAAAUCUGACUGUCAUAGAUUUAUCGAAGGCAGAUACGUACGAAGGGCGCGUGAAGUUGGCAGUCCAGCUCCGGGAUGCGAUGCUAGCGCAUGGCUUCUUCUACGUGAUCAAUCACGGACUGACUCAAGCUCAGAAUGAGCGCAUCUUCGACAUCGCUGACGUACCGUUCUCUGCUGUGACGGAUGAGGAGAAGAAGACCUAUGCCGCCAAUAUCAAGGCCACGGGAUCGUAUCAAGGAUAUAAACUUAGACAAUACUGGCACAUUGAUGCUGGUGUACGCGACCAGGUAGAACAUUACAACAUCAAUCGCGAUGUCACGAAGAAGCUGCAUCCUCAAGCACUGCGACCUCUUAUCCCCGAGAUAGAGGCGUUCGCGAAGUUCAACCACUUACAAGUCUUACACCCUCUCCUCCGCUUGUUCGCACUCGGUAUGGAACUGCCAGAGGACACAUUCGUCAACAUCCAUGGAUACGAUGCAGCCGGCGAAUCAUACGUUCGUUUCAUGAAGUACUAUCCAAGGUCCGAGGAUGAAGAGACGAAGACAAAGAAUGUGUGGCUGAAGGGACACACAGACUUCGGGAGUGUCACCAUUUUGUGGAGCCAGCCUGUUGCUUCCCUGCAGAUUCUCUCUCCAGACGGCAAAUGGCGGUACAUCAGACACAUAGACAACGCUCUGGUGGUCAACGCGGGCGAUGCCAUGGAUUUUCUGUCCGGGGGUUUCUACAAGGGUACGAUCCACCGCGUCAUCCAGCCUCCUCCUGACCAGCAAGGCUACACUCGUCUGGGCGCCUUCUACUUCGUCAUGCCGAAUGACGACACUAAACUGAUCCCGUUCGCUGAGAGCCCGGUCUUGCAGAGGGUCGGCAUACAGCGGCGCUGCGAGGACGCUGAUGCACCUACCAUGGAGGCCUGGCGGAGAGGCCGAACGAGUGCGUACGGGCAAACGGAUCUACAGAAGAAGGAGAAGGGCGUCGAGGAAGAGAUCAUCAAUGGGGUUGUGGUGAAGCACUGGAACUAACUCAGGACGUACACAUGAAAUCGCUCAUUGUGUU